AUGCAGGGAAAGCCGCUUGCGGUUCAACUAGGAGACACGCACGGCGUGGUUGUCUACCACGCCAAGACGCUAGCUCCCGAGAAGCUAUGCGCGGCGUUUGAGAAAUAUGGCAAGACAAGCGUUCUUCACGGAUUCGUGCUCACUGACGGCAACUACGCCACCGUCGUCUUCUUUGCGGAGCCGCUGAUCUGUGCGACUUGCUACGCGUCGCUCUCGAGGCUAGCACAGGGGCCCGAGAACAUUGGUAUUAUCGAUGUCGGAUGGAUUCACGAAAACGGUGUUGACGCUUUUGCGAAGCGACCCUACGUGAGACACAAGUACGCUCCUGCUGUCUCCACCGUAGACGCUGGCGUCUCUGAGUCCAACGGUUACUUGGUUGUGUAUUGGAAAGGUGUGGCGGAAGCCGACCGGUGCGAGAUCGCUCAAAUGGCGCACUCGUCGGCCAUCGAGGUUUUUGAGGACAGCAAAGAAGGUGGCCGGUUGUUUCUGCGCUUUCGCUCCGAGGAUGCCGCUGACGCCUUCCAUUCUGAAGUACUGUUGAAAUUCACUGCAAUGAGGCGGUCCCUCUCGUAUGCUGACGCCACCGACUUCUUGCUUGCCAAGGGAGUGGUAUGA